CUAGCGGCCUGGCAAGUCGAACAGUGGCUCCCGGCAGUCGAAGCUUCCAACAUGUCGAACGAGCUCCUUUUCUUGCUCGCCACCUUGGCGAUCGUGUUCUACAUCUGGCAGAGGCGAGCUUUCAGUUUCUGGCAGAGCCGCGGGGUGAAGUUUAUUCGUCCGGUGACCCUUUUGGGAUGCACCCGAGAGUUCCUAACGGGUCGGGUGCCCUUUUUUGAGCAAAUUCAAAAGUUCCACGAGACCCCGGGCUGCGAGAAGGAGCCUUUCGUGGGAGUCUAUCUGGCAUAUCGUCCGGCUCUGGUAAUUCGCGAUCUGGAGUUGAUCAAGACGGUGAUGGUGAAGAAGUUUCAGUACUUCAACAAUCGUGUGCUCCGAACGGAUCCCCACCACGAUGCCCUAGGCCAUAACAACCUCUUCUUUGCCCGCAGUCCGACAUGGAAGGAGUUAAGGAACAAGAUCUCGCCGGUCUUUACCUCCGGAAAGAUCAAGCAGAUGUAUCCGCACAUGGUGAAGAUUGGCAAGAACCUGGAGGACAGCGCUGACCGUCUGGGCAGCGGCUCAAAUGUCCAGAUCAAGGAUCUCUGCGCUCGGUUCACCACCGACUUGAUCGCCACUAUUGCCUUCGGCCUGGAGGCCAACGCUCUGCAGCUCCCCAAGAGUGAGUUCUAUCACCACAACAAGGCGAUCUUCGCGGUUUCGCUGAGCCGCGCCAUUGACUUUGCCAUAAUCUUUAUGCUGCCGGCUCUGGCUUCGCUGGCCCGCGUGAAGCUCUUCUCCAAGGAUACCACCAAGUUCAUCCGGAGCAGCAUCAACUUUGUGCUGGCCGAGAGAGAGCGCACUGGCAUAAAGCGGAACGAUCUCAUCGACAUUCUGCUGGCCUGGAGGAAGGAGGCGGCGGCCAAUCCGGAGAAGAACCAUCAGACCAAUGACCUGGACUACCUGGUGGCCCAAGCGGCCGUCUUCCAGACAGCCGGCUUUGAGACGAGCUCCUCCACGAUGACGCUGACGCUGUACGAGUUAGCCCUGCAGGAGGAGCUGCAAGACCGCCUCCGCCAGGAGAUAGCAGACUUCUUUGGCGAGGAGGAUCAUGUCAGCUACGAGCGCAUCCAGGAGAUGCCCUACCUGUCGCAGGUGGUCAACGAGACACUGCGAAUGUAUCCGAUUGUGGGAUACGCGGAGCGCGAGUGCUCGCAGCCCGCGGAGGGUGAAAAGUUCACCCUUAGUCCGCACAGCAACAUGGAGCUGCCACACGGCAUGUCCGUCUAUGUGUCCACCCUGGCCAUCCAACGUGACCCGCAGUACUGGCCGGAGCCGGAGAAGUUCGACCCGGAUCGUUUUGCUCCCGAGAAUCGACACAACAUCAACAUGGAUGCCUACAUGCCCUUCGGCGUGGGUCCGCGCAACUGCAUUGGCAUGCGCUUGGGUCUCCUCCAGUCCAAGCUGGGCCUCGUGCACCUGUUGCGCAAGCACCGAGUCCACACCUGUGACCAGACCCCCAAGACGAUUGAGUGGGCCCCUGGCAGUCCGGUGGUUGCCUCCAAGGAUGACAUUGUCCUGCGACUGGAGAAGGUUUCGGGGUAAUGAAGUUUCGGUUCUAUGAAAUAGAAUCAAUUUCAAAUUUUAUUCCAGUUAAAAUGAAGCGUUAUUCCAAAGAAUAAAAGGAUUUCUAUUCGACUUUCUUAUA